UCGAUAAGCACUUGCUAAAGAAAACAUUGUUUUAUUUCUCUCUUGCUCUUCACCUUUCUCUCUCGCUCUCGCCAGUGGUAGUGUCAUGCAGCUUCUGCUUCUGCUCUCGCUUCAUUGAUGAAGGAAGGCAGAAGCUGAGAAGGUUUUGACUUUCGGAAAGGUGAAAAAGGAGGCACGCAACCCCAUUCCUUUUCCAUAUCUGUUCCCUCUCAUUUCUUACGAGUCCUGAGUUUGAGAUCUGCCGCCGUUUUCCUCUUUGCUUCCCUGUGAGUGUUUGCUAAUUAGUGGGGUUCGGAGCAAAGAGUACUGAGUAACCUCACAUUCCAGCUCUACUUCCAUUGUCUUGCUUGCUUCAGAAGCAAAUUAACAAUCACCCAAAAAAAAAAAAAAACAAACAAACAAGAAGAAAAAUAUUCCAGUUUCUCUACCAAAGCCUGUUCUUUUAAUACUUUCUCCAUAGUGAGUACCUGUCUUCUACUCUUGGCAGCUUGUGCCCUUCCUCUCUGUAAAUUCAGGGACAACAUUUCAAAUGGAUCGGCUUUCAUCCACCACUAUUCUGCCGGAUGCGUUUCAAGGGGUCAGAGACGACAUUGCCCUGCAAAUUGGGUUGAUUUGGAGUCAAAUCAAGGCCCCAUUGAUCGUUCCGCUCCUGAGAAUAGCAGUGGCUCUGUGCUUGAUCAUGUCCUUAUUGUUGUUCUUCGAGAGGGUGUACAUGGGUCUCGUUAUCACAUUCGUCAAACUACUCGGGAGAAAACCAGAGAAGCGUUACAAAUGGGAGGCAAUGAAGGACGACGUAGAGCUGGGGAACUCAGCUUACCCGAUGGUUCUUGUUCAAAUCCCGAUGUACAACGAAAGAGAGGUUUAUCAUCUAUCCAUUGGAGCAGCUUGUGGGCUGUCGUGGCCUUCCGAUAGGAUCAUAAUACAAGUUCUGGACGAUUCCACCGACCCCACGAUUAAGAGCAUGGUGGAGAUGGAAUGCAAGAGAUGGGCGAGCAAAGGCAUAAGCAUAAAGUACGAGAUCAGGGACAACAGAAACGGGUACAAAGCAGGGGCUCUGAAAGAAGGGAUGAAGCGAAGCUACGUGAAGCAGUGUGACUACGUUGCCAUUUUGGACGCAGAUUUUCAACCAGAGCCUGAUUUCCUCUGGCGCACCAUCCCUUUCCUCCUCCAUAAUCGCCAGCUAGCCCUCGUUCAGGCUCGCUGGAAGUUCGUGAAUUCGGACGAGUGUUUGAUGACAAGGAUGCAGGAGAUGUCGCUGGAUUAUCAUUUUACGGUGGAACAAGAAGUGGGGUCUUCCACCUAUGCCUUCUUCGGAUUUAACGGGACUGCGGGAGUAUGGAGGAUCUCGGCUCUGAAUGAGGCUGGUGGCUGGAAGGAUAGGACCACCGUGGAAGACAUGGACCUCGCCGUGAGAGCCAGUCUUAAAGGCUGGAAAUUCCUCUACUUAAGCAAUUUACAGGUUAAAAACGAACUUCCAAGCACUUUCAAGGCGUAUCGCUACCAACAGCAUCGUUGGUCUUGUGGACCGGCCAAUCUUUUCAGGAAAAUGGUUUGGGAGAUUAUGACAAACAAGAAAGUGUCCUUGUGGAAGAAGAUCUAUGUGAUUUACAGCUUCUUUUUUGUUCGGAAAGUCAUAGCCCACAUCAACACUUUCAUAUUCUAUUGCGCAGUACUGCCUGCAACUGUUGUGGUGCCCGAGGUCGUGGUCCCCAAGUGGGGAGCUGUCUAUAUCCCUUCCAUCAUCACCCUUCUUAAUGCAGUUGGAACUCCUAGGUCACUGCACUUACUAGUGUUCUGGAUUCUGUUUGAGAAUGUCAUGUCUCUACACCGAACAAAGGCAACAAUUAUUGGUCUGCUAGAGGCAAGUCGAGUGAAUGAAUGGAUUGUCACUGAAAAACUUGGAGAUGCUCUCAAAGCUAAAGUAGGCACUAAAACGUCCAAGAAGCCUCGCUUUCGGAUUGGAGACAGGCUUCACUUGUUAGAGCUUGGAGUCGGAUUUUACCUCUUCUUCUGUGGGUGCUAUGAUUUCCUGUUCGGGAAAAAUCAUUACUUCAUAUUCCUUUAUAUCCAAGCAGUUGCCUUCUUCAUCAUGGCGUUUGGAUAUGUAGGCACCUUUGUUCCAAACUCGUAGAAGAACUUUGAACAUGAAGUGAUCUUCAUUCGGCAGUUUCAGUUACCGUGUCUUCGUCUUCUCAAGAUUGUAAGAUACUCUAUUGCUAGCAAGUUCUAGCAGGUGGGAUUUGGUAGAAUGAGAGAGGAUGGUGAUUCUUUAAGGUUGUGAAUCAUAAAUAGACGUGCCUCAAUUCAAUAGUGUUAGUUUUUAUGUGGAUAUAUUGAAUAUCUGUGAAUAUAUUGAAUAUCCGGGUAUGUUAAGAAAUUACAGGUGUUCUUCUGAAUGAAGUAUACUGUAAAGGAAACUAAAAAAAGUUAAAUGGCAUUGUUACUCUUAAUAGAUUA